ACUCUGUUGCCAACAAAGCUACAGUUGGUCUCCACAAACUGUCUACUGGAUCUUGGAGGAGACAAAGAAUGGGUUUCUGCUUUCAUCAUAUGCUUGUCCAUUAUGUAAGACGUUUGUGUCAUCUAUCCUUCGUAAUUCUCGUGAUAACAAUAACAUUGCAACAAGGAGGAGGAACCGCAGAAAGGACGAGGACCGAGAGCUCGCGGUCAACAGCAUCUGUUGCUAACCUGUCGAAAGUUGACUCUUUGGUGAAAACUACAGACAGUCCUCAGUACACGAGCACUCCUUUUCCGCUUCAGCCGAUCGUGUACGCAGCAGAUGAAAAACUUCGUGUCUCUAAACCCCAAAUUAGGUAUGAGUAUGUCAUAGAACAAUAUAAACAAACAGUGAAAAAUCAGCAUCGUUUGACACCGACGUCUGCUCAAAAGUCACCGGCGAAGAGACCAAAGCCGCCAAUUAGACAGGAAUGUCUACCAUGUACUGUUUCACGCUUCUUCACUCGCAGAACAGCUAGUUGUCAACCUACUCGUCGUUUUGUCGCCGUCAGCAUAGGAUUCUGUACUCAACGAUUUUCUACAAUACUGUGCUACGGUGAAUGCGUCAGUUACUCUGAAACACAUCUGCAGAGGGUCGCCAGUACUACCAAGAUAUACGAAGUCGCACACGUUUGUCGCUCUUGUCGGUCAGUCGGUGAAGUAGAAUACAAACUAGAAGAAGUGCGAUGUUCUGGAUACUCAAAGUACAAAGUGAAAAUACCAAUAGAAAGGAAAUGCAGUUGCCGGCCUUGUAGUCUGUCUAGUUUCGUCUAGAGCGAAACAUUCGCACGUCUGGCCGUAUAUAUAUGGUGUAUACAUGCAUCGGAGGCCGAGCACAUCUCUGUCUUCGUAGCAUCGACACUUGUAGCGUUGUUACCGGUGGCUGGUUGUAAUUACGCUGUGAGUUUUGUGUUAGCAAAUAAACUGUUAGACAGUCUGUUUAUAAUAAAGUCUACUUUACUGU